GCCGUUUACACACUCCAACCGGUGUACCGGCGGCGCGCGGUCCUAACCACGAUGACGACCGGCGUUUAGUGUUUCACGAUUUCCCGGUCAGACAGGACACCGUCGUUCCGUUGUAGUUCCGUAUCGAUUUCGUCCCGGAGCGUGUGUUGCAGGUUCUUCAGCGUCCCGACGGCACACGGCCGUAACUAUAAUAAUAAUAAUUAUUAUUAUUAUUGACGACAGCGAAAACAAUAACACUAAAGUAGCAUCUCGUCACAUCGGCGCGACGAGAUUUGGGAAUCAUCAAUAUGGAAGAAAAUUGGGAUAAUAUACCAGGAGUGGCAGUACUAAAUAGAGAAUGUGAACAAUCAGACAAAAAUACAACUGGUGGUUAUACCAAUGAAAAUGAUUGGAAUUCAACUAAAAACAACUGUCCUAAGUAUAAAACAAGCGAAAAUUAUACUGAUUGGGAUCCUACUAAUAACAAUGGCCAUACUGAUGAUGAUAAACUGAUUGAAGAUUUUAGUGAGAAACUAACUACAACUACUAAUUCUUUUGAUGGUACAAAUACUGAUUAUGACGACUGGAAUAAUUCAAAAUUUGAUGUUGAUAAUCAAAGUAGUGCUUCUUUUUCUUAUGAGAAAAAGGAACAAAUCAAUUUUGAUAAUACUAAUUCAAAAUCUUUGAACGACUCUUGGGGAAAUCCAAUUUCUAGUGACCAAUAUAGUGCAGAUACUGGAAACUAUUCAGAAUUCAAUGGUUGUACCAAGCAAAAUAGUCAUAAUGAUUAUGUCCCUGAGGAUUCCUGGGAUAUUGAAGCUAAUACUGAUAAUAGCUAUCAAAAAUAUCAAAAUAAUGGUUACCAUGAAAGUGGCCGUGAUUACCAGCAAGGCACACGGUUUCCUAAAAAAUCUAAUAAUUAUGCGAAUACUCGUAAUGAUAAAGGCAAUAGUAAAUCAGUAAAGCCCGUCGCACAAAAAUCAACUUAUAUUCCUCCAGAAUUUGAAGAAAAUGAUGACCUAACAUUAGAAGCAGGAUUAAACUUUGAAAAAUACGAUAAAAUUGAAGUAACUGUAAGUGGAACGGAAGUACCCAAAAAUAUAACAUCAUUUCAUGAUUCUGGUCUGGCUCAAAUAUUAUUAAACAAUUUAAGCAAAUGUCAUUAUACUACUCCUACUCCAAUACAGAAGUAUGCUAUACCAAUCAUUAUGAAUGGAAAAGAUAUGAUUGCUAGUGCUCAAACUGGUUCUGGAAAAACUGCAGCUUUUGUUUUACCAAUUUUAAACAAUUUAAUCAGUGAACCAUCUGAAUUAGUUGUUGAUUAUAAUCAUUGCGAGCCACAAGCUUUAAUCCUGGCACCCACUAGAGAACUUGCUAUACAAAUAUGUGAAGUUACUACUAGAUUAAGCAAAAAUACUUCUAUUAAAUGUGAACUUCUUUAUGGCGGAACAGCUACUUAUCACCAAAAAGAAAGAAUUCUGAGAGGUGUUCAUAUAAUUGUAGCAACUCCAGGACGCUUAAUUGAUUUUGUGAGUCGACGUUUAAUUACUUUUUCAUCUCUGCGAUUCUUUGUACUUGAUGAAGCCGAUCGGAUGUUAGACAUGGGUUUUUCACUUGACAUUGAACGCAUAUUGAGUGAUAAUACUAUGGUAUCAUCGGCAAAUAGAUCAACAGUCAUGUUUUCAGCAACCUUGCCCAUACUUGUUCAACAAAUCGCAAAGUCUUAUCUAAAACCAGAUUAUAUUUCAGUAGCUGUUGGAGAGGUUGGAGGUGCCUGUAAAGAUGUUACACAAACAUUUAUAGAAGUUAAUAAGUUUAGUAAAAAAAAUGCAUUAGUUGCUAUGCUAAAUGAAACAAAUGAUUGUCAAGGAACAAUUGUAUUUGUUGAACAAAAAAGACAAGCCGAUUUCAUAGCAGCCUUUCUAAGUGAACUAAAUUAUCCAACUACUAGCAUACAUGGAGAUCGUCAACAACCAGAACGAGAACAAGCUUUAAGAGAUUUUAAAACCAAAAAAAUGAAGGUUUUAGUAGCCACUGCUGUGGCUGCUAGAGGACUAGAUAUAAUGGGUGUUACAACAGUAGUGAAUUUCGACUUACCAAAAACAAUUGAAGAGUAUGUGCAUAGAAUUGGACGUACUGGUAGAUUGGGAAAUUCGGGCCGCGCUGUUUCAUUUUUUGAUCCUGCAAACGAUUAUGCCAUGGCUCCAUAUUUAGUCAAUACUCUUAAACUGGCCGAACAAAAAGUUCCAGACUUUCUAUCUCAGUAUGAAGUUGAUGAAUAUGAGAAACCUUUAAGUCAUUUCAAUGACAUAAGAUCGAAUGUUCCUGUACUAUCUGAGUAUCUUCAAGGUGUAGAAGAUAUAGAAGAAUGGUAAUCCCAUAAUAACAUUGAAUUCAAGCCAAAAAAAAAAUAA